GACUGUCAGGCAGUAGACAUGCAGAUGAGUGCCGUUCGAUCUUAGAAUCACCGCACACUUCACUCAUUUGGGCAGUCACGGGGGCCAAAAUGCAGAGUGUGGAGCAGCCACAGUGUGGCGGUGGAGAGCAGCAGCAAUGGGAGGCCAUACAGCACCCUAUGACAAAAAUGGAACCACCAGCAGUUGUGUGAGGAGACCUGAAAGUGGCACAUGGCAGAGUGUGGCGAUGGAGACAGCAGCAAUGGGAGGCCGUACAGGGACCCAUGAGAGACUCUGGACCUGGCAGCAGCAU